AUGAGCGCGCCUACGGCUGGGCCGUAUGGGACGCAGUCGAACAAGAUUGCCAUUCCACGACUGACAUCGCGACGCGUCCCGCCGCCGCCGACGGCCAAAUCACGGCAGAGAGACCGCGUGCAACGAGCCUGUCGCAACUGCCACAAGAGAAGUGGGCCUCUCACUCUCCCACUCAACCUCUCUCCGUCUGACCUCACCAACCCAGAAAUCAAGUGCAGCGGUAGCCUUCCCCGCUGCAACUACUGCGACAAGACCGACAAGCCGUGCGUCUAUGAGCGGCCCCGGAAAGACCGCCUGGCCCUCGCCAACGACCGCAACCAGACACUCGUCUCGGUCCUCAAAGAGCUCAGCCUACGGGUGAACGACAGCGACCGCCAGAGAAUUGCAGACGCUCUCCAUGACUCUGACGAGGAGCCCGCCUCGCCCGCCUUUACCGCUUCUUCUGCCGGCCACCAGCCAUCCAUGCCCCGGCUGGAUGGCAUUUUCCCGGAAGAAUCAUCCGACGACAACGACGACGACGACGAAGCAUCAAACUCGCGGGGUGUAGUCGAAGCCGGCUAUCUGGGCCAGGUCUCGGAAAUCCAAUGGUUACAAAGCCUCCAGAGCAGGGUGCAUGCCGUCGACACUGCCUUUCUGAAACCGGCAAUCGCCUCCGCGCCCAUGGCAUACCCCGUAUCUCCAAGCCUGGCUCAGUCACUGGCUUUCAUGUCCAUGGACCGAAUCCAACCCGCCCCUCCGACUACCUACCACCUUGACGACGAAGGGGUCAAGUUUUUACUCGGGGGCAACCCGUUUGAGCUUCCUCCAGAGCAAACUGCCAACCUUUUGUUUCAGUGCUUCAACAGGACAGUCCAAACCUCCUUUCCCAUGAUACCCGUGAAGCUCGAGGCACAGUUGCGCCAAUAUUACAAUCUGAUCCGCACACGUCAAGACGUACACUGCCCAGAAAAAUGGUUUGCCCUGAUAAACCUCGUAUUUGCCAUUGGGGCAAAAUUCUCCCACUUGAUUCAAGCCGACUGGAGGGCAGAUGCCCUGGACCACGUCACGUACAUAUCGCGCGCAUAUCAGCUGCUUACGAUUAAUGACACUAGGUUUGUGCUCUCGACUCCAGAUUUGUCUUCUACUCAGGCUGCUGGUCUCUUUGCCAUAUACUACAUGACUGCUGGUCAAUUCAACAGGGCCUGGGUCAUGGCCGGGGGGGCUAUGCGAUCAGCCUUUUCUCUUGGCCUCCAUGUUCAGCAAGAAGAUCAGUCCAUGUCUGUAGCCAGACAGCAAAACAAAGUCGACACGUGGUGGAGUCUGCACGCACUGGAGAGCCUUUUGAGCUCCAUCACAGGUCGCCCUGGUACUUUCCCAGGCGAAGAGAUCACGACGCCUACCCCCAAAGCUUUUUCCGACAUCCUAUCCGGCACUCAUGGCCAAGGCGCCUCCGUAGCGACAAACAACAUGUUUCUGAACGCCGACUCGAAUCUACACUUGCUAACGCAGCAAGUCAUGUCCAGCCUGUAUACACAAAGGAAGUUUACUCCCUCGUGGCCUCAAGUCCAACAAAUCAUGGUGGGGCUCGUCGGGGACCUGGACAAAUGGGCUGUAGACUGCGUCCCUCAAUUCCAUUCGGAUAUUUGGGCCAUGAGCUACAAUCAGCAGCGCGAGAACUCUCUCCUCAAGUUGCAGUAUUACCGCGUAAAGAUUCUCACCACACGCCCCUCACUUCGCCGCAUCGAACGCUGCUCCGAGCUGGGAUCCGUCGACUUUACCGGUUUGGACCAAUCCAUGGCCGAAGCUUGCAUCCAGGCAGCGAGUGAUGUUGUCUCAGUGUUGGGCACCGUGCCCGACAUCAAGACAUUAUACGAAAAAGGGCCCUGGUGGACAAUCGUGCACAAUGUAAUGCAAGCUCUUGCUGUCCUCAUGAACGCCAUUGCAUGCCCAGAGCAUUUUUCCUCAUCCCUUUCCCUCUCUACAUAUGGCGUCCAUCAACUUGUUGGCUGGCUGCGCGCCAUGCGCGACAACAACAUCAUGGCAGCGCGCGCCCAUCAAGUUGUCUACUCGAUUGUCAAGACUUCUAAGCCCUAUGUUUGGGCAGGUGUCGCAGACGCUUUUCCAGACGACUUUACCACUAUACUGUAUCCGCCUGUUCUGGUGCCGACACAAGUGGAUGCAAAGUAUGUGCCCUGGCCUGCCAACGAACAGGCCGUAGAUGCGUGGUUUGAUUACGACCUUGAUACCUUUUUUGGAUUUCACUAUCCUAUUAUCUGA